AUGGAAAAUGGUAAAAUAGAGGAGUUAAGAUCAACAAAUAAAUCUAAAAGUAGGCUUAAUCUAUCUAAAUUAGUAAAUGAAAAGUAGGAAUAGAUUCAAAAGGAUUCUUUUUAUUACCCUGAGUCAGAUAGAAAAGCUUUGAUUAAAAGGGGACCAUUAAUAUAAUAUGAAAGUGAUAUUUAUUCAGAAAUCUGUUAAAAACAUGAAAAAUUAUGUAGAUCAAAUGAAACUAAGGAACUAUUUUAGGUGAUUUUUUAAGAACUACUAAGUAGAGACCUAACUUAAUUAAAAAUUGAAAAUAAUAGAAAAAAGCCACAAUAUACUAAAAUAAGGGGGGAUAAGUCAAAAAGAAUAAAAAGAUCUACGGCAUUGUAAUUAAAAUUACAUAAAUUUAAUUUAUUUAUAAAAAAAAUUAAAAGAAUAAAGUUAUAAAAACAAUAAGAGAAACAUAUAUUUAAUCUCAAUCAAAUUCCUACUCUUUAAACUUAAAUUGUAAAAUUCAAUUUGGAAAACUAAAAUACAACAGAAAUAAAAAUAAUUAUAAAUACUGAUUUUUUGUUGAAUUUUUAAAAUUUAGAAGAAUAUAAUACAGAUAAUAAAGAAAUUAAAAUACAGGUCUUAGAUUCUAUUCAAGAAACAAAAGUCUAGGAUAAUUUAUGUUUACUUAAAAAUGAAAAAAUUGAGGUGAGUUUAAAAAAAUCACCUCAAUUUUUGAUUGAAGAUUCAGAAAAAGAACCUGAACUCAAUAAUAAGACAAAGAAAAUUAGUUUUAAGGACCUAAUUUGUAAAAUUGAUCUAGAAAAUAUGUAAAAUCAAAAAAAAUUAUUAUAAAAAUAAAAGUUAUAAUAAGAAAAUACUUAUCCGUAAAAAAAAUUACAUAUUUUUAAUGAUAUACAAAAUCAAGAAAUUAUUAUAAUUGAUCAAAAAGAUAUAAUAUAAAAAGAAGAAUAAGAAAUGACAUAAAAUAUUUAACCAUUUUAAAGAAAGAAUGAAUAGGAAGUGUAGUCUCCAAAUGAAAAAUAAGGAAUGAUUAAAAAUAUAUAAGAUGUCGAAAUUACUAAAAUUGAUUUUAAUUAAAUACAAAAUUAUCCUUAAAAUAAUACAUCUGAAGAAGAUAGUUGUCAAAUUAUUGAAAAUUAUUAUUAUAAUUAAUUUUUUGUUGAAUAACAGAAAAAAUAAAGAAAAAACCAUAAAAAUUAAAAAAAUUUUCCAGAAAAUAAGAGUGAACAUAAUGGUUAAAAUUUUGAAUAUACUUAAUAGGUAGAAUAUAAUCAGAAUAAGAAAAAUGUAUUAGAUAAAUUUAAGUUUUAAAAAAAUGAAGAGAAUUAGAAUUCAGAAGAAGGUGAUACCCGAUUAAAAAAAAUUCAAUAAUUUUUUAAUGAAAACCAAAAGAAAAUAUAAAAAUGGAGAUAUAAUUUUUUAAGAAUCACAAGAUAAUUAGCAAAAUAAAAUUAAAGAAAAAUAGAAAAAGAGAGAAAAAUAGGAAUUAGAAGAUUAUUAGAAUUAGAAAGAGAAAGAGAAAGAGAAAAAUAAAGAUAGACAGAAAUAGAUAAAGAGAAAGAAAAGGAAAGAAUAAUGUAAGAUGAGAUUGAGAAAAAAAUAAAAUUAGAAAAUUAAAUCGAAAAAAGAAAGAAAUUAGAAGAAUAAAAUAUAUGUUAAGUAUAAAAUUCAGAAGAUAAUAAGUAAUAAGACUAAUAAUAUUCUUAAAAAUAAACGAAUGCCGAUUAAUUUUUUGAUGUUUCUGAUCUCUAUAAAUCAAAAUAAAUUGUGAUAGGAUAGUAAUAUAUAUAAUAAGAGGAAUAAAAUUUAAACAAAAAUUCUAAUACCUAACAAUAUCAACCUUUAUUCCCUUAAUUCAUACCAUUAUAUAUAUUUAAUUACCAUUAUUAAGAUUAGGCUAUUUCAUAAUUUUAAGUGCCUAUGGCUAUUUAGCCUAACCCUUCUAACAUGAAAAAUCCAUACUUUUAUAAUUAUUUUAUGCCUAUUAAUCAGAUUUAAUAAUAAACUUUCAGCCAAAGUGAUGGAUCAAUUAAUUUAUAAACAGAUCAGUAAAGAUUUUAAAUGGGAUACUUUUCGUAUAAAACUCCAGAAAACUUUGAUCCAACUUAAGUAUUUUAAUUAUAGCCUCAAACUUUUUUAUCUAUUCCUGAAAGCUCAAAGUUAUAAGAUUAAUAUAAAUGA